UAGCAUAUUUGCUUUUUUUUUUUGUCUGACUAUCGCUAUUGUCUUUUACAGUGACGAUAUUAGUAUUAUUACAAAUAAUAGACUGACUAGAGGUAGAUCUAUAGACCCACUAUCAUCAUCAUGGACAUGAUCUAGUAAACUGAAAAAUUCUAGUAGUCAAGUAGUACCCUUUCAAAACACUUCAAGAUUGUAAGAAACUGACUAGUUUUGAAUUAUAAUAUGGAACAAAAUUUGACUCUUGAUCUAAGAAUUGAUAAAAAGAAGAUGGAUGAAGGUUCUGAUGGUGAAGAUUGUCGAUUUGAAUCAAAAAAAGAAAAUAAGGAAAGUAUUGCUCAAGAUCUUUCUGAACAAACAUCCCAAGAACAAUGUUAUAAAUUAACUGUAGCAUCUGAAAGGAAACAAGACAUUACUUUUGAAAUGAAGAAAAUAAAAAUUGAAAAAGAAACAUUGGAAGAUACAUUACAGCCAUACUGCAACAACGAGGCUUAUGAUGAAACUUGUGAUUUUAUCGAAAAUCAGCUUAAGGUGCAGUUCAUGAAACAAGAAAAAGAAGAAAUUGCAGGUGAAAAAAAACUUUCUAGAAAUGUUAAAAAUAAAAAAGUUAAACAGAAGCGUUCCAAAGAAAAGACUCCCAGGAAUCAAGUUAUAGUUGAUACAACAAGCAGUUCCCAAUGUCAAAUAUGUCAAAAAGUUUAUUCUUCCUAUUCAAAUUUAAAAAAACAUCUGAUAGUCCAUACUGCUGAAAAGAAAUUUACAUGUGAUAUAUGUCAGAAAGCAUUUUCUGUGUUUUCAUAUUUGAAAAAACAUCAAAAAAUUCAUACUGGUGAAAAACCAUUUAAAUGUCCAAUAUGUCAAAAAGCAUUUUUGACGUCUUCAUUUGUAAAAGUACAUCAGGUGGUUCACACUGGUGAAAAACCAUUUCAGUGUCAGAUAUGCCAGAGGGCCUUUUCCUCCUCUUCAAAAUUACUACGACACAAGGUGGUUCAUACUGGUGAAAAACCGUUUAAGUGUGAUGUUUGUGAGAAAGUAUUUUCUUAUACAGCAGAUCUCAAGAAACACCAGAGAUACCACACAGGGGAAAGGCCAUUUAAGUGUGAAAUAUGUUUCAAAGGAUUCGCUCUCUCGGCUGAUGCAAGAAAACACCAGAUGGUUCAUACUGGUGAAAAACCUUUCAAAUGUGAAAUAUGCCAGAAAGGAUUUUCAUCUGCUUCAUAUUUAAAAAAACAUCGUUUAGUUCAUUCUGAUGGUUAAUCAAUUCAUACAGGUCAGUGCAGACAUGUUUUUAGCUCUCUAAAAUGAAAACAUAUCUUUUGGACAGGUGUGGGCACACAAAAAACUAAUUUAUACAAAUAGAAAGCCACACUUAAUGAAAUGUAUAAAGGUCAUGAAAGAAAUUGUAAAAUUUAUUGUGAUAGCUGCCAUAGUGUUUUUUUUUUUAAUUAGUAAUCUUGUAAUUGAUCAUUUGAAUUGUAUACUAUAUUUUUGCGCUUUUAACCCGCGGGUUAUUCACAUUUUUUACAAAUGAUUGGCAGCUGUGCUGGGUUUACUAUGGACAUACCGGUGGGUCUUUAUACAACAUACUACACAUACAACUGUAGGCUCAUAUUUUUCAUGUGUGUUGCACUCUGUGUAUUGCUUUAUUGCUUUUUGGAACCACAACUGGCAGACGUCUGAAGAGCAAAAUAUUUAUGUUCCGGCAAGUCAUGCACAUGCCUGGUAUAUAAGGGUGUUGGUUAUAUGAUUUGUUUUUACUUAUUUUGUCAUUUGUGGUAUGUAUGUGACAUAUAUGUGCGAAAAAACAGUACCUGUAUUUCAAACAUAUUACUUUUGGCCUUGCAAUAUCUACUUUAUGUAUCUAAUCUCUGUUUAUUGUAAACAAAAAGUAUGUCUUAUAAAACGUCAAUAUAAUAAAACCUUGAAAUUUGUUUACAAAAAAUGUCUUGCUAAUAUGUUUAAUGCAUGAUUGAAAUUUAUUAUGUAAAAACUAAAUGAUUUGACCUUGUUUUUUCAAUACAAAGGACAAGGUAGUGUACAUGGGUGUCUUGGGAGUCUUGGAGAAUUUUUUUUUCUGUUUACUAUAUAUGUCAGUGAUAUACUAUUAAGUAUGGCCAUCUCUAAAUUAAAAAUACCUAAGUAUAGGGUGGUGAGUCUCCAUUUAUUCUGAAGAAAUUUAUUCUUUACUAAAUUAUUGAAAAUAAAUUUUUUUGCAUCAUUGCUAUGUUUUGGAAUAAAUGAUGUACACUGUCCUAGCAAUGUUAUAUUUUGGAUUAAAUGAUGUAGACUGUACUAGCUGGCUAAGAGUCUAUUUUUUAAAAAUGUAUAAUAUUAAUGGUCUGUUUUAAAAAUAGUGGCUUUUCCAACUGUUGCCUUGGGCUGCUUAGGACCUCCGACUGGUGGAGGACCUCACUUGGGACCAAAAAAAAAAAUAAAAUUUGACAUAAUAGAAAAAGUUAAUGAACUAAAACAUAAAAAACAUUUGAAAACUAAAUUACACUGUAAGCCUACCUACAUGUCCAUGAAUUUACGCGGACAGAUUGUGUUGGAUUAUUGAAGUGUGAGACUAUCAAGAGUCAACUGUAAUUAAUUUUUAAUCAUUUUAAAGUUAUGCUGAAUACAGAUUCUCAUUCUAAACUAAGAAUAUAUUUUAGAGAAACUUUAAUGAUUCAGGAGUUACUAUUUCAGAAUCUUUUCAAUCAGUAAAACAAGCUAUUUUUAUUUGGCAUGUGUUUUGAUAGAGCUGCAUUAAAUCUUUUUCACUAAGAUCUAAUACUGUGUAUAUGUAAAUAAAGAAAAGAAGGAGGGUAUGUUGCCCCCCCCCCCCCCUCCAUCAAAGAAAAGAAAAGAUAGAUGCUGCAAGCCUACUUUUUUUUUUUUUUCUUUUCGUGAAAAUUUAUAAUGUUUUUCACAUGUGUAGAUCAGGACUCUGAAUUAUUUUCUGUAAUAGUUUAAUUAUUAAAUAAAAAUUAGGACUGUGAUAAAUAAAUUACUGCAGCAUUCAUUUA